AUGGUCGCCCUUUGUCCCAAAACUCUUUCGGUAGGCCACUGUGACGAUGAUUCUUGUCGUCUCAGACAUGAUGUUCUUGUAUGCAGUCCAUGUCGAAGGACGUUUCCCACUCAACAAAAUCUUGACGCACAUUUGACCUCCAAAGCGCAUCUUGUAGCUGCAUCUGGUGUACCUACGAUAUGCUACUGUAGCAUUUGCGACAGUACAAUGGGCCGGGUUAGCUGGGAUUCACACGUUCGUGGCUCGCGUCAUCUCAAAGCGGCCAAGCGACAAGGUGUAUCUCCUAGCGUCCAACCACAAACGCCCGAGGAGGUUCCAGGUUGCAAAUUUUGUCCACCUUGCAACAUUCAUAUUCCUCACAAUGCUUGGAAGUCUCACAUCGCUGGAAGAAAACACAGAGCGCGGACACAGUUCACCAAAUAUACGUCGGCUCUCGAAGAAGCUGAGGAAAACAAACACGGUGUUACGGUCGAAGGGAACCUCGACUACGAUGUUGUCGAUCCACGUGCAGCGAGUGCAGGUGUAGCUAGCGUCGUUAUUAUCAGCACCACCGUUCCCCAUGCACGACUCUCUGUGACGGUGGGGUUGGCAUCGUCAAAAACCCGAUCGGCAUUUUCUCCAUUCACCGUUGCACCUCUUGGAGCAUUCCAACUCAAGUACAGUCAAUCUGUAACGGUGACCGUUUCUGCGUGCCAGAAAUUUCCGGGACGCGCAGAUGACAGGCUCGAGCUCGUGUUUGAAGACCAGCAGCUAAACACCCGUUUCAUCAUUUGUCGACCUAUCCAUAUCAUCGUUGGCGACUCGGCAGCUCACAAGGCAUUGCAACCGAAAACGCAGUAUGUCCCCCGAAAGCGAACGACACGCCAUCCCGAGACGACAGUCGUCGAAGGAGAGAGGCCUCCAGCUCUUGGCGCUGUUCUCUACAUUGUCAAGCUUCCAAAGUAUGAUAUUCCCAAGAACCUGUAUGCUACCUUGGCGACCGGCUCCGUCUCGGAGGUCGCGAAGCGACUUAGGGAGAUGUUCCUGCCUCCUACGAUUGAGGGCGCUUCGUAUGGGAGACAUUUCCGGCAUUUGAUCUGGACCGAAGAGUUCAAGUCGAGCCAAGAUUUAGAACAUUACGACAUUCCCAAUUCCAAACUCAAACAGCACGGAAGAUACUACUUCAAAUUAGGGGACAGUAUCUUCGUUCGAAAGAGUGAUGCACCUGAAGGUCACUGGUAUUCGGGCUGCGUUCAUGUCGUCCAUCAAGCGGAAGUUGGGCUUUGUUUCAAUCGUUCCUUCACAGCGACGAGUGCGGAUAGAUUCCUUGUCCGCUUCAAAUUGAACCGGUACCCUCUCAGACGACAACAUCAAGCCUUGGAAACAGCCUUUGCUCCCGCACGUUUACUCUUUCCCGCUGAACAGCAUGUCCUGGAGUCGGCCGGAGCAUCCCCGUGGAGGCCGUUCAACAACCCGAUCGGUACCAACGUGCGGCAAAGACAGGCGGUCGAUUGCAUCCUUCGUCAACCUGGGGGAUCUGUGCCCUUCAUCAUCUUUGGGCCCCCUGGUACGGGGAAAACUGUAACUGUGAUAGAAGCAAUUCGGCAGAUUCUUUCCGCCAAUCCCAAAGCUCGUAUUCUUGCUUGUGCUCCAAGUAACUCGGCGGCAGAUCUCAUCACGUCUCGCCUUACGAUGAUAGGAGAAGAUAGGCUCUUUCGAUUCUACGCCCCAUCCAGACCGAAGAAAGCUGUAACACACGAGAUUGAGCCUUUCACCUACGUCAACGAGGAGGGUAACUUCUCAGUUCCCAUUCUGUCUCGUGUCCGCCAACUCAAGGUCAUUGUCUCGACUUGCGUUUCCGCUUCGGUGUUCUUCGGUAUCGGCAUCCCGCGAGGACAUUUUACCCAUAUUUUCAUCGAUGAGGCCGGACAGGCUACCGAGCCGGAGGCGAUGAUUGCGGUGAAGACUAUGGCUGAUAACAUGACUAACGUUAUCCUGUCGGGCGAUCCCAAGCAGCUUGGACCUAUCGUCAGGUCACCAGUGGCGAGAGAUUUAGGUUUAGAAAUCGGCUACAUUGAGAGGCUGAUGCAGAGGGAUGUAUAUGGUGAUGAGGAUCAUGGCGCAGGCCACCCAGUCGUCAAACUGGUACAGAAUUUCCGCUCUCAUCCCGCAAUCCUCAAGUUCCCGGACGAGCGGUUCUACAAAGGGGAGCUGCAACCCUGCGCCGAACCCAAAAUCAUCACUUCCUUCAUUGGAUCGAAGCACCUCGAAGCGAAAAAAUUCCCUAUUGUGUUCCACGCCAUGGCGGGCAAGGAUGAUCGCGAAGCUUCGUCUCCGUCAUUCUUUAACAUCGAUGAGGUCCUCGAUGUCAAGAAAACAGUUGAAGAGCUACGCGAGGAUAAGAAAUUGCGCAUCACCGACGAUGAUAUUGGGGUGAUUGCGCCAUACCAUGCUCAAGUCCUCAAGAUCAGGAAUAUAUUAAGGGGUCGAUACGAUGGCAUCAAAGUUGGCAGUGUAGAGGAGUUUCAGGGUCAAGAGCGCAAAGUUAUUAUCAUAUCGACGGUUAGAAGUAGCAGAGAGUUCGUAGAAUUCGAUCUACGCCACACUCUUGGAUUUGUUGCCAGCCCUCGUCGGUUUAAUGUGGCCGUAACUCGAGCGAAGGCAUUACUCGUCAUCAUCGGGGACCCGGCUGUCCUCUCUCUUGACCCCUUAUGGAGGUCAUUCCUCAACUACGUCUACAAACACGGCGGAUGGAGAGGAUUGCCUAUUUCUUGGGAUCCCGAUGAUGAUGUGGACGAAGGAGGGGGAUAUGACUGUGCUAUCCGAGAGGCUGCGCAAGAGGACAUGAAUGACUUUACCAGAAAGUUGGAGGCGAUGACAUUAGCUGGUGUUGGGGAGGAUGAGGAUGUCGUGGAUCGCCCUUGGAUGCGACAUGAUGGAUAG